GUGUGCAGCAUCGCAUCCACAGUCCACCUUCGCAAGCGCCCAACCAUCCAAACCGGCCAGGAUAACCGUUUUCGUGCAGUAGUGUUCGUCAUCAGUGAACUAUUUUUUUUUACUAAAACAAUCAUGAAAUUCGUCGUACUACUUGUGGUCGCACUCGUUACUACUUGCAUGGCCCAGAUUCGGCCACUGCCCAUCCCGCUCUCGAGAAAUCCGGCCGUUUACGGUGGUCCCGAGGCAAGCGCCGUCAUCCUGAACCAGGUGUACGAACCGAACCCGGACGGUUCGUACAUCUACAGCUACGAAACGAGCAACGGCAUCCGGGCCGAGCAGCGUGGCUUCCUGAAGAACCCCGGUACGCCCGGCGAGGCGCAGGUCAUGCAGGGUUCGUACUCGUACACCGGACCGGACGGUGUCGUCUACACGAUCAACUACAUCGCGGACGAGAACGGAUACCGUGCCGAGGGGGCCCACAUCCCGUCCGCGCCCCGGUACAACCCACGCUAUCCUGGCCAGUUCCAGUAGGCGCAGAGCAGGUGAUCGCGGAUAGACGGUCGGUGGUCGCAAACCGCAAAGACUGAGGGGAUAUUGAUAUUUAUUAGCUAAAAGAUCGAGCUGCUAAAGAUCACUCCUACCCUUCGGUUCCAAUGCCGUAAUGAUACGAUGCCCAUCCUCAAUUCUUCAUCCCAACCACCGCCGCAUAACACGCUGCGGAGGACAGCCAAUUUCUCGUGCUAAAUCCAUUUCCAUACUGAUCGGUCACUCCACUCGGCCGGACACACCAACAGCCAUUAGCAGCGGGAUCCGUGCGCGUACUGUGAUUUGUACUGCGUCUAUUCCACGCGGUUCUGCCACCAUCUGCACCCAGUCGAACGGUGUGACAUCGAAGACAUUUAGCCCUGCCGGACGGACGGACGAACGGACGGAACGGUGGCUAAUGAUGGCCGUUCGCAUCCAAGCACUUUUGUAAAAUAACUUUAUACCCAUCCUGCUUGACCGGCCGCCCGCUGGCCAGUAUACUCACUUGUUUAUGCAUCCAUCUGUUUGCUCAUGCAGUUGAAUAUUGUAUUACGUACCGAUUUUAAUAAAUCAC